AUGGUUUUACAGCAGAAGAAUAAAGGUGACAUAAGUGAGCUGAUCACCACGCUGUACAUCGGGUUCCUCUGCCUGAUCUUUGCCUCGUACUUUGUGUAUCUGGCCGAGAAAGAAGCAGUCGGUGGGGUUGAAAACUUUGCAGAAGCUCUGUGGUGGGGAGUGAUCUCAGUUUCUCACAGCACACGGGCCGUGCAAAAAGGUCUAGGAUACGAGCCGGUGUUGUUAAUGAGGGAAUGA